UUAUUAAUUAUAAUACAGGGAUCGACACGUGUCAAGUCACAAAUGGCCGUCAUAACUCAUAGGUUAUAGUUGACUGAUAAUUAGAAUAAUCACGUGUUCACGCAUGUGUCCGUUUAUUACGGCUGUGCAAGCAGGAUGGAAAGGGAAGAUAAAGCAACUUGGAAUACAUAACAUUUACCACGCUGCCACAUGUUAAGUUAUUCAUUUCGUCGAAUUGGAGCGCACGAAUCAUGUAUCAUUUUGGAAAGUUCAAAUCGGCGUUUCACCGGAGUCUGCUGAUCCCGCACGCUCGGGCUUCCCACCAGUCGGCCUCGCAGAUCGACAGGAUCAGCAAGAUUCUGAUAGCCAACCGGGGUGAGAUAGCAUGUCGUAUAACGAAAACCGCCAAGAAGCUCGGCGUGAGGACCGUGGCCGUCUACAGCGAGGCUGACAGGAACUCCAUGCACGUGGAGCAGGCCGACGAGGCCUACUGCAUCGGUCCGGCGCAAUCCAGCCAGAGUUACCUGCGACAGGACAAGAUCAUAUCGGUGGCCAAGCGGGCGAAGUGCCAGGCCGUACAUCCGGGGUACGGGUUCCUCUCGGAGAACACAGAAUUCGCGGAGUUGUGCCAGAAGGAGAACAUCAUAUUCAUCGGUCCGCCAGCCAACGCCAUAAGAGACAUGGGUAUAAAGAACACGUCGAAGGCCAUCAUGACGAGUGCCGGAGUUCCUGUCAUAGAGGGAUACCACGGUGAGGAUCAGACGAACGAAACGCUGUUGGCGGAGGCCAAGAAGAUUGGCUUUCCGUUGAUGAUCAAGGCCGUGCGCGGCGGCGGCGGGAAGGGCAUGAGGAUCGCGCGGAGGGAGUCGGAUUUCGUCGAGGCGCUGGAAUCCGCGAGAACCGAGUCCGAGAAGGCGUUCGGCGACACGGCGGUGCUCCUGGAGAAAUACGUCGUCGAGCCCAGGCACGUGGAGGUGCAGAUUUUCGCUGACAAACACGGGAACGCCGUUUAUCUGUUCGAGAGAGAUUGCUCCGUGCAGAGGAGGCAUCAGAAAGUGAUCGAGGAAGCGCCCGCCCCUGGCAUCUCCCAGCGGCUGAGGCAAGAAUUGGGCGAGGCGGCUGUGCGUGCCGCUAAGGCUGUGGGAUACGUGGGCGCCGGGACGGUGGAAUUCAUACUGGACCGGAAUGAUCACAGUUUUCACUUUAUGGAGAUGAACACGCGCCUCCAGGUGGAGCAUCCGGUCACCGAGGCGAUCACCGGCCUGGAUCUGGUCGAGUGGCAAUUGAGAGUCGCGAGUGGCGAGAAACUCCCGCUCAGGCAAGAGCAGAUCAAUCUCAACGGUCAUGCGUUCGAGGCGAGAAUCUAUGCUGAGAAUCCAAGGAAUGGUUUCUUGCCAGGAGCCGGUCAGCUCUUGUACUUGAAGCCUCCGGAGGCAACGGACAACGUCAGAGUUGAGACCGGAGUGCGGCAGAACGACGAGGUGUCUGUACAUUACGACCCGAUGAUAGCGAAAUUGGUGGUCUGGGGAAAGGACAGGAGCGAAGCUCUCAAUGUACUUGUAUCAAAGCUCAGUGAUUACAACAUAGCUGGCUUGGACACGAACAUAGAAUUUAUUAAGGAUCUCUGUGCGCAUCCCAAAUUUCAAAGAGGCGAGGUACACACGGGAUUUAUCGAGGAGAACUUCGAACAACUGUUCUCUGAAUUGCGCACGUCCAGUGGAGUAUUGAUACAGGGCACCCUCGCCUCGAUACUGCACGAGGACAUGGAGUCGUUACGCGCGUCCUUAGAAACGAAGGAUCCUCUUACUCCGUUCGCCGUGGAAACCGGACUCAGACUAAAUCACGUGCUGAACCGUACGUUUCGUUUCGACGUUGGAAAGGAGAGCAACACGGUGGAGGUGAGGUACACCGAGCCGGAUGUGUAUCUGAUGAGGGUCAACGGAUUGGGACCCUGGAGGAGAGUGACUGGAACGUUGAAGAGGACGGACGGUGCUUUAGAAUUGUUCGCGGAGAUCGACGGGGUUGUCGCCAAGGCGCGAACGGUGAAACUUGAUAAUAAGUUACACAUAUUCACCAAGGAUCGUGAGUGGCAGCUGGUCGUUCCCACUCCCAAGUUCGUGACCGCGAUUACGAGCCAGGCGGAGCAGAAUCCGUACACGGCUCUGAGCCCGAUGCCUGGACUAGUCGACAAGAUCUUCGUCAGCAAGGGCGACACUGUAAAGAAGGGCGAUUCGCUGCUCGUUAUUGUCGCUAUGAAAAUGGAGCACAUUAUUAAGGCGUCCAUAGACGGAACGGUUGAGGACGUGCUGUGUUCUACAGGCGAUAACGUUGCCAAACAUAAGCUUCUCGUGAAAUUGGCCAAAGCCGCAACGUAAUGUGAUAUACAUAAGAGAAAGCGCUGACUGAAAGAUACUGAGAGACAGAGAGAUGCAGAAGUUAUAAUUCUUAAAUGAUUAUUGUAGAAAGGUAUAUUGUUAA